AUGGAAAGUGGAAAUACAAAUGCGGAACAAUUACUUGAAGAAAUAAUUUAUUCAAUAAUUGACAUACCCGAUUUGGUUAUUAAUGAAAGAAGUUAUUUUAAUGGAACUCUCGAUCUCACGCUUGAUGUGACGUACGUAGCUGGAUGUACUGCGUUUCAAGAUGGAAGUCUUCGCUUGUUCGUAGUUCGUAAAGAAGUUAAUAGUUCUUAUCUCUCACAAAAAAUUAUUUAUGCAAAUGGAUCCGAAUCCGAUAUGACACUUGAUCACUGGGGAUUACCAAUGGGUAUACAACCAAACACAUUAUCAACUAUAGCACAAACAAAUGUAUUAUUUGCAUAUGCAAAUGGGACCUCAUUAAAUUAUGAUCCAACAAAUCCAAUUCAAAAAGAUACUUGGGCUGGAAUUGCUGAUGAAAAUGGAAAUUUAUUGCAUCAUGUACUUUUAAUGGAAAAUAAUGAAUUUAGUGAAAUUAAUAUUGAUAAUAUGUUUGGGAUUAACAAUACAGCUCAUCAAUUGGUUGCAAAUGAAUGGAAAGUUUAUAAUAAUGCAACAUUAAUUGGAUCAAAUCAAUAUAAUAAUACAGGACAAGGAUGUGUGGUUUCAUAUAAUCCAGAAGCAACAAUGGAUGGAGGAUUCUUGAUUGUUUGGUCUGUUACAAUCUUUCCAACAAAUAUUAGUGACCCAACAUCACCUCAAUAUAAUCAAAGUCUUGUGUAUGCAGCAUUCUUAUUACCAAAUAGUGCAGAUGUUAAAACUUCCCCAUUUGUAAUAUUUUCUGGUACAACCGCAUAUGAAACAAAAAUUUUGGCUUGUGCAGGUUCUGAUAUUGGAGAUGGAUUCAAUUGUUUCUUACAAUUAUUUAUGAAUGCAACAACAGAUGAAGUUCAACCAUAUCAAGUUAAUUUCUUAUCAAGUGGAAUGGUUCAUGAUGUUAUACCUCUUCGAUCAAACAUUACAAACGACAAAGCAACUUUUGGAGAUUUAUUAGAUGUUGCUGCUAUACCUUUACAAUAUGGAGGAUUUCUUUUGUUACAUAGUAGUUUACGUGAAAAUAUAUUUACUUUUACAGAUUUUUUUGCUACACAAAGUAUUCUCGAUCUUUUCACAACUGAUGGGAAAUUAGUCAAGGAGCAAACUACUCAAGUUGUGUAUACCGGUGGAUCAACUAUUUUCCCAAACAAUACUGUAAUCCUUUUAGGGAUGCCAUCGAAUUGGUUAGAUCCAAGAUAUAGUUAUAGUUCAGGUUAUGCAAUAUAUUAUAUCGAUAUUCCCAAGUUUUAUUACGAUGAUAACGGAUAUCAAAAUCUAAAUGUUCUUUCAUCUUAUCCCAGCAUUGGUGCAUCUGAUAUUCCAAUUACCUCCGAUUCCACUACUUUUACUAUAAGCCUUACUUUUCGAGAUUAUGUGUUUCUUUCCGGUCGUGGUGAUAUAAAAAUAUAUCAAUCAGGAUAUGAGGAAAUACCCAGAUUAACAAUACCUAAUACUUUAAUAACUACAAUUCAUAAUGAUAAUUCUACGACCUUUACUGCAGAUUUAAUUUCAAGUACUUUAAAUUUACCAAAUACUGAAUAUUAUAUUGAAGUAUCAAAUGGAAUGGUAAUAAAUUCAGAUUUAUUUGAACCUUUGCCUGGUAUAAAAGCUGGGGUAUGGAAUUUUACUACUGCUUCUCAGAAAGUGAUCCACUCUGAUGAUGUCACCGUAUUAGUUCGAUUUGAACCUCAAGCUCAACAAUAUUUUAUUUCGGACUCUAUCGAUGCAUUAGAAAUGCUAAAUACCGAAAUUUCAAAUUUUCUUCCGAUAGAAAUUAAUCGUAUCUCAACUCCAUAUUCGACAUGGUAUUAUGAUAAAGGAAAAAAUAAUGAUUAUAUUUUAGUUUAUCUAAAAAUUGAAUCGGGUAAUCCUUCUUCAACAAAGCUUGCGUCUGAUCUUGAUAAUUUAAUUUCUUAUUUAUCUUAUACGAAUAUGAUAAAUGGAAGUUUGACUUCUUUGCUGGAUUCAAAAUAUGGUGCAAUAGUUCAAACUAAUUUUUGGAUUGAAAAUAUAGUGGCAUUAAUAUUAACAGGUGUUGUUAUAGUUGUAAUGGGAUUAUUAUAUAUUGUUGCUGAAAUAAAAGAUAAUAAGGCUAAGAAUAUUGCAGUACUCCAAUUUGCUUUAAUUCUGAUAGAUUUUUCUCUGGAUUUGAUUUUUCUUUUAACUCAUUCUCAAGAUGUUUCAUUCCUUUUUAUUCCUUCCUUAAUCUUUUUCGUUGUCCCAUUUGGAUUUAAUUUAUUUUUGUCGUCUUACAUAGUAAUGAGGGAAACAUUUCAAAAUGAUGAAUUUCUACAUUGGUUCAAAAUGAAUACUGCCACCACUUCAGUAUUUACGGUUUUAGGAUCAACGGAAGUUGAAGUUUUAAUUAUUUUAAGUUCAAGAAUUGGUGGCAUUAAAACAUUACAAGCUCCUUGGAGUGAAAGAGCUAAUAAGAAGAUAUUUUUAGGUAGUUUGGUUGGAUUUUUUAUCGAGGACAUACCUCAAUUUAUUAUUCAGAUCUUAUAUAGAAUGAAUACUGCGAAUUAUGGUUAUAUUCCUUUCUUAACUUUCGUAACUUCAUCUUUAGUAAUACUUCAUUCAAUAAUCAAUAAAGUAUAUCUAGCUAUAGCAAGAUGGAGAGAUUCAAAACGUCAAUAUGAAUUUCCUUCAAGAGAUAGCAUGAGUGAUGAAUCUUGGUAUAAAUUAAUGAGUGAAAUUGAAAAUUUCUCAAAAGAAUCAAAAAAAAGUAUUGACACAUUCGAAUUAGCUUCAAUGAAAAAAGAUAAAAUAAUUCGUGGUCCUAGUGUUUUAUUGAAAGGAAGAAAAAAUAUGAUCAAAGAAAGUGAGGAAGAAAGGGCGGCGAGUGAAGAAAAAGAGGAAAGUAAUGAAGAAAUGACAAGUGAAGAAAAAAAAGAAAGUGAAGAAGAUAACGAAAAUCGGGAAAGAAAUGUUUCCUUGGAAAAGGCAAGUGAAGAAAAAGAGGAAAAUAAUGAAGAAAUGACAAAUGAAGAAAGUGAAGAUAACGAAAAUGAGGAAAAAUGA